AUGGCAUCCUUAUGGACUGCCUCGGCGCUCCUCCUGACCCUCACCGCAGCCCAGUUUGUCCCAGCUCCGACCGAUCUCACCACCACCAAGGGCAAUCUUGGCCUCUCCGUCCGAUGGAAACAAGUCCCUUACGGAACAUGCGAACUCACACCCGGCGUCAAGAGCUAUAGCGGCUAUGUCGACAUUGCGGAAGAUCAGCAUGUCUUCUUCUGGUUCUUCGAAGCGAGGAACCAAGACCCCGAAGAGGCUGAACUGUCGGUUUGGAUCAACGGAGGGCCGGGCAGUUCUUCCAUGAUUGGAUUGUUUGAAGAGUUGGGACCGUGCAGGGUGGACAAGGACGGCAACGUCUACGACAACCCGUAUGCUUGGAAGUCAGUAUACCACGAGAACACACCCAUUGGCAUCGGAUAGGCUGACAACGGGCGCAGCAAUGUCUCCAACAUGCUAUUUAUCGAUCAUCCAGCGCAAGUCGGUUUCUCAUAUUCGACCCCAAUCCCUGCCUACACCUCCGAUUCAGGCGAAAUCAUCCAGCUGCCCGAUACCUACUGCCCCGACUACGCCCCGGCAGAUAGCUGCGGAACAUGGUCCAAGCCCAACUUGACGGACACGGCCAAUUCAACCACCGCGGCAGCUCCCAGCAUGUGGAAGACCUUGCAGGGAUUCAUGGGCGCAUUCCCACAAUACUCUCGGCAAGACUUCAACUUCGCAACAGAGAGCUAUGGCGGUCACUAUGGACCAAUCUUCAACGCGUAUCUUGAGGCUCAAAAUGAUUUGAUCAAGAAGGAUAAGCUGCCAGGAGCGAAGUGUAUCAACCUAAAAUCCCUACUCAUUGGGAAUGGCUGGUAUGAUCCACUGGUGCAAUACGCCGCUUACUACAACUUUACGGUGUACCCGGGCAACACAUAUGACUACUCGCCCUUUAACAAGAGUGUCCAGGAACAGAUGUACAAUUCCAUGUACGGUCCAGGCAACUGCUACGACCAGACCGUGGAUUGCAACACUCGUGGCAUCAAUGAGAUUUGCACAAAUGCCGAUAACUUCUGUGCCACUGAGGUGGAGUCCGUAUGUGCUCACAUGCCACCCCAAUGGUGAUCAUGUCUAACGAUUUUGACUCUGCAGGUACUGGACAACAUAGCUGGCCGAGACGAGUACGAUAUCCGCGAGCUUACCCCAGACCCUUUCCCGUACAGCUACUACGUCGACUACCUUAACACUCCAGCAUUUCAACAGGCAAUCGGAGCCUACACAAACUUCACCACCUCCAGCUCUGCCGUCGGCAACGCGUUCGGCAGCACAGGCGACGAUGACCGCGAAGAGGGAACCGUCGAAGCCGUCCGCUCCCUCGUCAAACAAGGUGAACCCACCCCCCACAAACCACUUCCUCCCAGAUCUCUCGCAUUUCGAUCAAAACUGACGAACGAUACUGUACCCUCUGCUAGGAAUCUACGUCAUCCUCUACGCCGGCGACGCCGAUUACAACUGCAACUGGCUCGGCGGUCAGGUCAUCGCCAACCACGUCUCGGCCCCCGGAUACGCUUCCGCGGGCUACACCAACAUCACCACAUCCGACAACAUCGUCCACGGCCAGGUGAAACAAUCUUCCAAUUUCGCCUUUGCUCGCAUCUACGAAUCCGGGCACGAAGUCCCCUUUUACCAACCCCUCCUCGCGCUCGAACUGUUUGAUCGUGCGAUUCAUGCAAAGGACGUCGCGAGCGGCGUGUUCGACAUUUCCAAGGAGUGUGGCUAUCUGACCAAGGGCACGCCCGAGAGUUUGUACAGAGAGGGGAAUGCGACGGUGCAGUUCACGGUCCUGCCGAGUGAUGCUACGUAUAACACGACGACGAAUAUGCCCAACCCCACGAAUGCGACGGGCAACAGCAGCUCCAGUGCGGCUGCGGCGGCUCGGAAGCGUGGGAUGAUGAACAGCAGCAGCAAGAGAUGGCAGCAGAGCGAGCGUGCAUUCAGGCCUUCAUACAUACAGGCCGGGAAAGCUCGGUCGGCGGCGCGAUUGGAUCUGUAG